AGCUCAGCAGACCACACACCGGGGAGACCAGAUUUCAAUCACUCCACAAACGACAAAUGAAUGAUCACCAUGCCACCAGGAACUGUCCUCCUCACCGCCUUGUGUUUUCUUGGCACCUCGUUCUCCGUCACGCAAGCCUAUGUCACCUUCUCACGGAACAACACAAUGUUCAACCACCUCACCCUGGACGCCUACACAGGGACUCUAUAUCUUGGUGCCACAAACUUUCUCUACCAGUUGACCGAGAAUUUAUUGCUUGAGACAGAACCAGUUCAGACUGGGCCCGUGUUGGACAGCAAGGAUUGUUUACCCCCGGUCACCGCCGAAUGUGCACAUGUACAGAAUACAAAUAAUCACAACAAGCUUUUGCUGGUGGUGCCAAGCCAAAAAGAGCUGAUAGUAUGCGGUAGCAUUUUUCAAGGCAUUUGUGAAAAAAGGCUCUUGGGAUCUGUCAACGAGGUUCUCUUCAGACCCGAAAGACCUGUAGACUCUCAGUAUGUGGCUGCAAAUGAUCCAAAUGUCACCACAGUUGGCUUGGUUGGGCUUUCCAAGGAUGGCACACCUCUCUUUUUCGUAGGAAGAGGCUACACCAGUAAAGGAGUGGGUGGUAUUCCUCCCAUCACCACUCGCAACCUGAAUGGAGGAAGCGACUCCCAUUCCGUCUUCUCAUAUGAAGAGACAGCCAAAUUGGCCGUGGUUGGACGACUCUCGGAGUAUAACCACCACUUUGUGAAAGUCUUUACUCGCCUGUCCAACGUUUAUUUCCUAUUUUAUCGUCGUGACCUGAAAUCACCCUCCCGGGAAUAUAAGACCUACAUCUCACGUAUUUGCCCCGAUGACUCCCAUUACUAUUCCUACGUUGAGUUGCCUCUUAGUUGCCAAACUAAAGAUGGUAGUAGGAGCUACAACCUUCUUCAGGCCGCCUAUGUCACCCAGCCUGGAGAGAAGAUGGCAAGGGGCGUCUUAAACACCAAUGGAGAUGUGCUCUUUGCGGUAUUCUCCCAGUGGCAUGCAGCUUCUGGAAAAGUUAGUGAAGAAUCUGGUUUGUGCUUGUAUCCUAUGGAACUUAUCGACCGAUUGAUCAAUCAGACUAGAGACAUCUGCUACACCAGGGAUGGCAAAGAUGAAGAUGACAGAGAAGUGGCGUACAUUGAAUACGACGUGAAGUCCAACUGUGUUCAACUUCCUUCUGACACACUAGAUGCUUAUCCAUGUGGCUCAGACCAUACUCCAAGCCCCAUGGCAAGCUGGGAUCCCUUGGAAGCUGCUCCUGUCUUUGAGAGCCCAGACGCCCGCCUUACCGCCAUUGCCGUCAACGUAGAAGAAGAACACACAAUUGCAUUUAUCGGUGACCAAAAGGGACAACUUAAUAAAGUCUACCUGGGAGGUAACAAUGAUGCCCGGCUGUAUGCCAGUGUGCCCACACAGUCCAACACCGCCGUUUCUGCUGACCUGCUGUUUGAUCAGCCAGAAAAAAAUCUGUACAUCAUGACUCAUUCCAGGAUUACAAAGUUGCCACUUUCUGAAUGUUCCCAACAUCCAGACUGCACAUCAUGCCUUAGUGCCGGAGAUCCUUACUGUGGUUGGUGCGUUCUCCAUGGAAAAUGUAGCCGGAGGCACGAAUGUCUGCGUUCAGGAGAGAAGAACCAGUGGCUUUGGGCUCACGAUGAGAAUCAGCGUUGCCUGACCGUGCAAUCGCUGAGCCCAGCAAAUAUCAGCAAAGAGGAGAAGAGAAACAUCUUCCUUUCCAUCCCUGACCUACCUUCUCUGUAUCAAGAAGAAUCCUACUCCUGUUUUUUUGAAGAUUUCGAGAGCCGAGCAGUCAGGACAGAAUUCGGAGUCAUGUGCCCAUCUCCUGACCCCAGCAAAGCCCCUGUGAUCAAAGCAGGAACAGAUCAUGUGCGGGUCAGACUACAGCUUCAGUUUGGGGCAGUGACCAUUACCACUGUGGACUUCAUCUUUUACGACUGUACAGCGGUGGCCCAACUCUACAAAAGUGCCCCGUGCCGUGGAUGUGCAAGUAGUGAAUGGGGGUGUAACUGGUGCAUUCACCAACAUCUCUGCACCCAUAAAGCCACAUGUGAAGAAGGGACAAUUAUUUACAAUAAGUUGGCUCAGUUUCCUGUGCCCGAACCAUCUCCAACUCCCAUUUUUGUACCAGUACCAACAUCCAUAGUUGUUCCUACCACAAUCUUUUUGACAACAACCCCUAGUCCUGUACCUGAGGCAACUACUACCACGACUCCCGCCACCACAACACCAACUGUCACAGAGACCACCCCUACACCAGUCCCUACCACUGUACCGACCACCCCCAUUGUCACAACCGUGGUGACUACACCAGAAGUUACCACCACGCCUGAGCCUGAGCCUGAGCUGACCACCUUUGAACCCACUACUGAGGAACCUACUCCAGAAAUAACAACUCAGCCUCCAACAGAAGAGCCAACCAAUGUCCCCACCACGUUGCCAACCACUGUGCCCGUAGAUGUUGUCACAUCUCCAGCUGUCACAGAUGCUACCACCUUCUCUGUCACGGAUGACAUUGAUAUGACUGAAGAGGUUUGGACAACCGAGAGCCCAACCACAGUUCCGGAUACUACCGUGCCCCCAUUAAUCCAGGCACCUACCACAUUGGAUAACGAGAGUGAGAUGACUUGGGUGCCUACCACCCUUCUACCACCACCAGAGGAGUCCACGUCUGCCGUCCCUCCUCUUCCAACCACUGACCAAACGCUUACUCUUCCAUCUUUACCCGACUUUCCGGAUGAUCUAGAAACUGAAAUUGCAGACACUGAAGAGCCACCGACGAUUGUUAUGGAAGAGCGAGGUAAAGAAAGCCUGGACCAUACUGAAGCAGAUGACUGGGUGGACUCCGCCAAUGUGGAAAAUGACACGUCCUCCUUCUCCGCUUCCACUAUCCUCUCUGGCGACGGGGACGUUGAGGGAACAUCGCCUCAUUUUCCUACAAUAAUCGAACCAGACUUGGAUUAUCAGUUUGACGAUCCGGGCUUUAUAGAAUUGAAUAAAGAGGAACUCUUCUGGGGUCCAGAAACAUGUCCCUGUGUGCACAGUAUUCAGAGCCCCUCUUUACUACCAGUGAACGUAGAGCGUAAAAUAACAUUACUUGGAAAAAACUUCCACCAUUACCAGGAUUCCCAGUGGGACUAUGAGUGUGUCCUAAUUCUGGAGGGCAGGACACUGAUAACAGAUGCCUUUGUGGAGAUGGAUGCUAUGGACUCGUCCAAUUACUACAUCACAUGUCAACUGCACCAAUACAGUUACUCUGCCCCCCAGCCGGAGUUCAAUGCUCUGGUAUAUGUGCAGAGAGAGCCGGACCUGCGGGUGGACAGUUACGAGGAUCUCCAUGUGACGCUAUAUAACUGCUCUGUGGGACACACUGACUGCAGCCGAUGCCAGACCGCCGACCACAAGUAUAACUGUGUGUGGUGUGGAGGAGAGCACCCCAGCUGUAUGUACCAAGAGUCGUGCACGGAAGAGGUUGAAGGAACGUGUCCUGCACCUCUUAUCCACUCGAUCGAACCUCUUUCAGGUCCUGUAGAUGGAGGAACAAGAAUUACAAUCACUGGCUCCAACUUGGGCCAAAAAUUGGAAGACAUUCUAGACCGAGUAUCUGUGGCCAAUAUCCCUUGUAGGGUGGAUGUCGUAAAAUACGAGAUUUCCAGCAGUAUAGUGUGUGUGGCUGGAAAAAGCUGGUCGGAGAGACCUGGUCAUGUCCUGGUAGAGGUUCCUGGAGGGUUACAUGGAGUUUCCACCCAAGUUUUUACUUAUCAGAAUCCCGUUCUGUCUUCGUUCUUUCCAUCUCGUGGGCCGAAAUCUGGUGGAACCCGGUUGACUAUUGCAGGAACCAAACUUCUUACAGGGCGUCCCAGUGAUAUCCGAGUUUUGAUUGGAAAUAUCCCCUGUUACAUUUCCUCGGAGAUUCAGGAAAACCAACUGGAAUGUCUAACUGGAACCAGCAACUCCACCACAGACCUCUGGGUAACCGUCUGGUACGGAGAACAAGUAUUUAGCUUCCCAGAUGCAUUCUUCUCAUACACGGCAGACCCGAACAUCACAUCCGCCAGCCCUGCCAAGAGCUUCUUCAGUGGAGGUCGGGUGAUAUUGGUAUAUGGACAGAACCUGAACGUAGUACAAGCCCCAAAAAUCCGGGUCACCGUGUCCCCUAUGGAAAGGAGGAGGAGGCGAAGCCUUGGGAGGAAGCGACGUAUUGUUCCGGAGACAGAAUGCCCAGAGGGCUCGCUCUGCACUGUCCAGCAGUAUGAAGAGCUUUGCCAAGUGAAUUCAUCCUUCCUGCUGCUUUGUAAGACACCAGCCAUUAACCCUUUACACUGGAACGCCCGAGUCGACGUAGAGUUCAUCCUGGAUAAUCUCCAUUUCAAUUUUACUGUCAUCAACUCGGCUCCAUUUACGUAUGUCCCGGACCCGGUGCUCCGGCAUCUGAAUGCUGAGGAUCCUGCAAAGCCGUAUCGCCACAAGCCCGGCAGUGUCAUCUCUGUGGAGGGAGAGAAUCUUGACCUGGCAAUUACCAAAGAAGAGAUGAUUGCAAUGAUUGGGGAUGGGGUGUGCACGGUGAAGACCCUCACAAGUAACCACCUGUAUUGUGAGCCUCCAGAGAAGGAGCCAGCCCCACGUUACCCAUCCAAGAGAGAAGGGGUGGACUCCCUGCCUGAAUUUACAGUGCAAAUAGGAGGAAUUGAUUUGGUUCUUGGGAAGGUUCAGUAUGACACAGAGAGCCAGCUUACAUUUCCGCUGGAGGCUCAGAUCAGCUUGGGAGUUGGGGCUUCUUUUGUGGCACUGAUAGUUCUCAUCAUCGUCUUAAUUUACAGGAGGAAAAGCAAGCAGGCUCUGAGGGAUUACAAAAAAGUUCAAAUUCAGCUUGAAAACUUGGAAACCAGUGUUAGAGAUCGUUGCAAGAAAGAAUUUACAGAUCUCAUGACAGAAAUGAUGGAUCUCACCAGUGAUUUGGUUGGCACUGGGAUCCCCUUCCUGGAUUACAAGUCAUACGCAGAAAGGAUAUUUUUCCCUGGUCACCGGGAAUCCCCAUUGCACAGGGACCUAGAUGUCCCAGAGGGUCGGAGACAGACGGUGGAGCAAGGUUUGGUGCAACUAUCAAACCUUCUUAACAGCAAACUGUUCCUUACCAAGUUUAUCCACACUCUAGAAAGUCAGCGAACCUUUUCAGCACGUGACCGGGCGUAUGUGGCAUCUCUUCUUACUGUAUCUCUUCAUGGAAAGCUGGAAUAUUUCACAGACAUCUUGAAGACUCUUCUCAAUGACCUUGUUGAACAAUAUGUUGCCAAGAACCCAAAGCUGAUGUUGAGAAGGACUGAAACUGUGGUUGAGAAGCUGCUGACCAACUGGAUGUCCAUCUGCCUUUACGCUUUUGUGAGGGACUCGGCUGGAGAACCACUAUAUAUGUUAUUCCGAGGCAUCAAACAUCAAGUGGACAAAGGACCCGUGGACUGUGUAACAGGAAAAGCCAAGCAUACACUCAAUGAUAACCGCCUACUGAGGGACGACGUGGAGUACAAGACCUUGACUCUAAAUGCAAUAACACAACCCACCACUGGGAGCGCUGUAGAAGAGGAAGUUCAAGGAGUCCCGGUGAAGUUAUUGGACUGUGACACCAUCACUCAAGUGAAAGAGAAGAUCCUGGACCAGGUUUAUAAAGGAACACCUUGCUGUCUUCGUCCCUGCCCGGAGAGCCUUGACUUGGAAUGGAGGUCAGGGCUGGCUGGACACCUCAUCCUUUCUGAUGAAGAUCUAACAUCAGUGGUCCAGGGAUCAUGGAAGAGGAUAAACACCCUCCAACAUUACAAGGUUCCUGAUGCGGCCACUGUAGCAUUGGUUCCUCGACUGAGCAAGCACAUCCACCCAGAAAACCAUGAUUACAUCCCCGGAGAGAAGACCCCGAUGCUGGAGGAUGCUGAUGAAGGCGGCAUCAAACUGUGGCAUCUUGUCAAACCCACAGAUGAGCCUGAGUUACCAAAGCACAGAAGAGGGAGCCUACGUGACCGGGAGAGGGCAAAAGCCAUCCCAGAAAUCUAUCUGACACGUCUGCUGUCCAUGAAGGGCACACUCCAGAAGUUUGUAGACGACUUGUUUCAGGUUAUACUCAGCACCAGCCGCCCGGUGCCGCUCGCUGUCAAGUAUUUCUUUGACUUGCUAGAUGACCAGGCGACACACUAUGGUAUCGUUGACCCAGAGACCAUUCACAUCUGGAAAACUAAUAGUUUGCCUUUAAGGUUCUGGAUCAACAUAAUCAAAAACCCCCAGUUUGUGUUUGACGUGCAGACCUCGGACAACGUGGACGCAGUGCUGUCUGUGAUCGCUCAGACCUUCAUGGACUCCUGCACCCUUGCUGAUCAUAAGCUGGGCCGGGAUUCUCCUAUAAACAAGUUGUUGUACGCCCGAGACAUCCCCCGGUACAAGCAGAUGGUGGAGAGAUAUUAUGCUGAUAUCCGGCAGACCAUCUCGGCCAGUGACCAGGAGAUGAAUUCUGCACUAGCAGAGCUGUCCAGGAAUUACUCAGGUGAACUUAAUUCAUUGGUGGCUCUUCAUGAACUCUACAAGUAUAUUAAUAAGUACUAUGAUCAGAUUAUUACAGCACUGGAAGAAGACUCAACGGCCCAAAAGAUGCAGCUCGGCUACAGACUUCAGCAGAUUGCAGCUGCCGUGGAGAAUAAAGUCACCGACUUGUGACCGAGACACAUGGACGGUCUUCGAGCAAAUACAGUUUCUUGCCAAGAGCUGAAAGGUUUUUUAUAAAAAUCACCGUCUCCUGCCUCUGAGACGCAGGCAGCCUCGUGGCUCCUUGUCACAUUCCUAACUGAUAAGUGACCCGGAAGGCAACUGAUGGUGAAAAAGAAUAUUUUUUUCUAUGAAAUUUUUUUUACAAUCAGAACUUUGAUAUAGAAGAUUUUAACCCCACCGACGGGGUCGUCCUGCAUGUUACAAAGGAGCAGAUUUUAUCUUCCUAUGUGCCAAGUCCAUCAUCUUCAGUGGAAGGAGACACAAGGAUGAACCUAGGCGGACUCCAGAUCUCUGGCAUGUUUUCUUCACUAGCCUUCUGAGAAUGGAUCGGUGAACUUUGGCGGUGCAGACUUGCGUUGACUGUCCCGGUCGCGGCUCGAUUGAGAGUCUGCACCGAUGGAACAUGGGACUCUCUGUGGACACAUUGUAUCACAUGUUACAUGAUCUUCUCCUACAUGGACUACAUGGACAAAACUAACCUGAGAGGUCUCCAGUUCACACUUCUCCUUCAUUCCUGCCUUUUUAUUUCCACCUAGAAUAUUAUUUUAAUUUUUUAACAAUUGUAAAACUAAUUCUAUCAGAGAAGUAUAAUUUUAUUACUUUGUAGCCGCCAUAUUUUUAUUCGCCUUUUAAGAAUUGUUCGUCUUUUCCUAAAGAAAGAUAAAAAGUCUUCCUUUGCGGAGUCCUAGCAGCCAACCCGCAUCUCCUCUGGUGUCCACGGGGUUGCAUCGGAUCGUCUUAAAGAACUACCAAACUUCUUAUAUAUAUAUAUUAUAAGUCCUCAAAUCCUGCAGCACCCUAGGACAACACAUCCUGUCCCAUGCUCUGGCAGUUCGGUCUUGUCAUAAGGACAUUAUUGGGCUUCAAAUCACUAUCUAGAUGAAUGUUCAAAGCUAUGGACCUUGAUGUGGAUGGUGAUUUGCAGCUACAUAACAAUUCAGAUGAUGGGACUGCCAAAGUCCUUUUUGCUACGCAUGCCCUUUUUAUGUCCCAUGGGCCAAUUCCUCUCCCCCCCAGGCCCCAAUCCCGCCCCCUCCCCCGUCUUAGCGAAUAGAGCAUUUCCUUUAUGUAAAGGAGUCCAGCACAGGUGUCAAAUGGGAUGUUAUCAACCAGGGCUGGGCCCUCUCUCUCCAUAGCAUCUGCAUGGUCUGUCCCUACGGUAGGUAUGUCUUUGCUCAAGACCUGGAGCAGGAAGUGUUGUCUUAGGGGCCAUGCUGCCAUUGGGCAUGCAACAUCAAUAUACUGUAUCAUUGCAUGUGAAACACAAAGUAGUUCUUGUUUGUGCACCAUUUUCUUUAUUGCGCCAAUGCCUCUAAAAUCGUAAGGGAGGCAACUUAGCAAAACAGCCUUUGCUUAAAAAUCUCCUACCGUUUUGUGUAUUCAACUUCGAGGCAGGACUAUGUGUCUCCAUGGUUACAGACUACAAACAAGCCCUGUGUAGUCUGGUACCAACAGUCCAGUCCUUCUACUACUGUCUGCCCAUCACCACGAAGAGGGAGCAGAGGAGGUGAAGCAAGAUAUGACUGCAGGAUCUGACGACACAGGUUUUGUUUGUAGUCUGUAACCAUGGAGACACAUUGUUCUGAAUGGUAGAUGUUUACGCAAGAUUGCUUCGUUUUUGCUCUUUUAGAUGCAUUGGAGCGAUAUCGAAAUUGGUUGUGACAGUGGACGUACCCUUUAAGUAAAAUGUGUUUGGCUGUGCUUGGGCUGUAGACGGUACAUUACUGCACUAAAUCUCAUGGUAGAUGCUUAUUUAUUAGUUUCAGCAAGAGACACAGAAGCGCUCUAUUAGAUUCCAUGUCUUUUGGCAAUUUGCUGCUCUGAACUGGAUGUGUAAAUACCGUAGUUAUGAGAGAAGAUAUUUAAAUACUAAAGGAGGAUUGUAAUUUAUUUUUACGGCGGCACAUUGCCCUGGGAUACUCACAUCUAGUUUUAAUGUUUAUUUUGGAUUUAUUUUUUUCUUUCCGUACUAGUUUUUUCUGAUGAAGCAUUCCCGCGUCCGGCUCCCAGCUUUCACUCGUGCUGCCUUUUUUUUUUUUUCUCGUAAAAUCAUUAGAAAUUUGUGGUUAAUAUAAUAUAAAAAAUAAAUAAAAUAAAACUUGAAAGUGAAUCUUACGAGACCCGGAUAACACGUUAGACGAUGGUCGGAAAAAAGCUGUCGAAUCUGUGAAGUGAUAAACUGUUUGUGAAUGUAAAACACGACACAAAACACAUCUAAUGAGAAACAAAGUAGUCCUUACACAAACUACUCAAUAAAAGUCAAUAUGUUCUAA